AUGCAAGAGCAGAGCCCCGAGGUUUUUCUGAACAGCUCAAUUUUCACCGAACUGUUUUUCAGUGAAGAAUUCCAAGACAUUCUAUCUUUGGUUGUGGUGGACAAGGCCCACAUGAUUUACCUGUGGGGACUUGUUGCAUUAAGACAAAGCAAAUCAAUGAUUAUUUUUGCUAGAUUGGAAGAUCAAGCUGUGUUCCAACCCGGUUAUGGCCACUUGGGCACAAGGAUCAUGGCGACAAGCAAUAUCCCAGUGCUGCUCCUCUCCGCAACAUGCCGACCCAUAGCUGUCUCAGCAAUAACAGCAAGUUUAAUGCUUCAGCCAGGCGACAUCAAUAUGAUAGAUGGCGAGCUGACACGCCCCAAAAUUCGCCUGCUUUGUGUGUCAAUGCAGUCAACUCUCAGCUCCUGUGACGAUCUACUGAGGAUAUUUGCGCCAUGGACAUUCACAUCAGCGGCAGAUUCAGUGCCCAUGAUAAUCUACUCUGGGACCCAAAAUUGCACUUUCCAAGUCAUGAAAGUGGUCAAUGAAGCUCGUAAUACACCUAAUCAUGAAUAUGACCCAAACGAUGCUUUCAUUUGGUGGUACCAUUCAGUCACAAGCGAGGAGGACAAGAUGCGAGUAAUGGCUGACUUUGGAGAAGGCAAGGUUCCUGUCAUUUCAGCCACAAUGGCUUUGGGUCUGGGGCAGAAUCUCAAGCGGGUCCGCUGUGUAGUACACAUGGGGAGGGGUGACCCUGCCGCCAUUGGGAAGAUGGUGGGGAGGUGUGGGAGGGAUGGAAAUGUCGGAUUGGGCCUGUUAUUUAUGGAACCAACAUGCAAGAACGGACGGAACUGUGUGGCCGAUUUUGAGGUGGGCUUGGAUCAGAAUGAUGACACUCGGAUGGAUGCUUUGGCAGUUACCAAGGUCUGUUUGCGGAUAGCACUCAACAUAGAUAACCGGCUAGGAUAUAUACCCCUUCAACUGGACGACCCAAUGGUAAUAGCUGAGCGGUUGCGCGAGGAACGUCUGGGGUUUGCCAAAUGCAUGUGCUCAUGCUGUGCACCGGAUGCAGCUGAAACUGUCAUGAAGGUCAUUCAGCAGAUGAACAUCUCCAACAUUGACUCACUUCUCUUGGACCCCUCUUCCAUUCCGGUCAAUCCUUCAAUUGUCACUAUGAGGCGCAAGAGGAAAACCCCCCGGCCAAAAGGUACAUGUGCCUACCCAAAGGACGUUGCGGAGGACCUCAAACGGCAUUUGAUCCACACCUUUGAGUGCUUCUACUUGGAUGUCUUGGGGCCAAGACCUGAGUUCCCCCCAUCGGUCUUUUUUGGUCUUUCACAGUCAAGAGCAAUUGUUGGUUCAAUUGAUCAGAUUACGGCGGGGGAGACCCACGACCUGAGGCUCUUGGGGAGACUGAUAGGAGGACAAUGUUUUGAUGGCCAGAUCAAGGCGCUGGCGCAAGCAAUUACACAGUGGAUGGAAGGCGAAUACUUCAAACGUCACCUACUUGCUUUGUCCCAGCUCAAGCAUUUUAUCGAAUCUGAGGGGAUCUGA